CAAUUCAAUGCGAAGAUUGAUGAUUUCCGGUACAAAGAGCUACACGUUAGAAUCACACAAUGACUGAGUUAAAAGUGUAUCGUUUAGAAGAAAUUGCUAAACACAAUAAUUCUAAAUCAACGUGGCUCAUAAUACACGACGAAGUUUAUGAUGUUACUAAAUUUUUGGAAGAGCAUCCUGGAGGAGAAGAAGUUCUACUAGAACAAGCAGGUGCCGAAGCUACUGAGGCUUUUGAAGAUGUUGGUCAUUCCACAGAUGCUAGAGAAUUAAUGAAAGAACAUUUGAUAGGAAAAGUUCACGAGAGCCAGAAAAGUACUAAAGAAACAAAGAAAAAUACAGGAAUAAUAACGCCAGAUACAAGCAGCAGCUCUGGUAUAACAAGUUGGUUGUUACCAUUAGGAAUAGCUGUAGCAGCUGCCCUGGUGUACCGUUUCUUAAUUGCUCCUGCCAAUCAUUAAAUAUGUUAGUUAUUAUUCAAUUGUGAUAGCCAGCUUUACACAAAAAGUAUCCAGAACACCCAGUAUAUAGACAUUUAGAAUAUGAGCUAACAAAUAAUAUAUUUAUGAUUUUAAGCAACUUCUGUCUAUUUCAUAUUUAAUAGAACUGGUCAUGUCCAUUUGGGACCCAUUAUACAGCUUUUAAUCAGUUUUGUUUCUCUUUUGUUUAAAUAAAUCAAAAUUGUUUUGAUUAAAGCUUUAUUUUAUAUUAUAUCUAAAUUAAAAAGCUGUUUGUAUUUUAAAAUCUCAAUAUCGAUUUAUUAUAUAUGUGAAAAGUAGUAUAACUGACGAUCAGGAAAUAAUUAUGUUAUGACGAUGGUUCAUUAUUUUUAUUUGUAAUCUUUGUUAAUCAUACUCCAAUUCAUUUUCACAUGUCCUAAUUAUUAAGUUUUAAUCUCUUAGAUUACCAAAAUCACAUACUGUUAUUAUAUGAGUAUUGUAUAGUAUUAAUGGCUAAAAAUGUCCCUUUUUAAAGGACUUAUGUGAUGAAUACUAUAAUAUUAUUGUAACUGAAAUAAAUCUGUGAAGAAGUGA